AAUAAUUCUCAAUGGCAGUGGUAGCCAUAUUUAAUGUUUGAAAUGGCAUUAGUAUACUUGUUUUUUUAGUCAUUGAUUAAAUUGUUUGGGGAGUAUCUAGUAAAGGAUAGGACUUUAUUGGGAAAUUUAAAACUUCUGAUGUUCACCAGUGAGGUUUAAAUUGAAUUAUGAAGAACUGGAAAUGAGAAAGUAGACCUUCCAUGUGCAGAAUGUUUGAAGGGAAACAUAUUCACUUUUCACCAGCAGAUAAUAAGCCUCUCUGUUCAUACAGUGCAAAGCUUUGCAAACAGCGGCGUUUGAAUGGAUAUGCUUUUUGUAUUCGACACAUUUUGGAAGACAAGACUGCACCUUUUAAACAGUGUGCUCAUGUGGCAAAAUAUAACAAUCAGAAGUGCACCAAUCCUAUUCCAUCAAAUGAAAAUCGAGAAUUCUGCAAUAGUCACAUGCAAGUGGCUGGAAUACUUCCAAAGAAAGAACGUAAAACUAAGAAGGAGAAGGAGAGUGUUCCAUCAGAUGGAAAAGUGAAGUUUGCAGAUCGACUUAGGGCUCUUCUAAAAAAGGAAAAUAGUGAACUUCCAGCAGAAGAUACUUUUAAUGCAGAUGAUCCAUAUGCCUUCCCAGAACCUUUCCAGGAGAAAGAAAGUGUAAAUACUGGAUCUAAAACUUUUAAUUCAAAACUUCUGUCAGAGACAAUAAAUACUGAUAUUUCCUUGAAAGGAGAACAACUUCAAAACAGAGGCAGUAUUUCUGAUAAUAGAUCAAAAUUUAACACUCCAAAGUUAUCUAAAACUAUGAACAGACUUCAAGCAAAAAUUGCCCAGAACAAAUUUUUAGAUAAAUUGAAAAAAGCACAGGAUUCUAGUCAGCAAAUCUUAUGUUCCAGUUCUAUUAAAAUACAUGAAACUAAAUUAAACUCACAGUCAGUACUGCCUGUUUCUGCUUGUAAAUUAAACACCUGUGUACGCCAUAUUUUUACUAUGGCUUCUGGUGGCUCGUUAACUGUCAAGGAUGUUGCAGCCAUUGUUCAGUAUGUUGUUGAUUACCACAUGCUUACUGAGCCUCCUACUCCCCUCCCAUUGAUCAAAGUUCUUUCUCCUCUGUCAGGAAUGAUCUAUUGGACUAUGAAUUUAAUCUGGUUUGCUUUUGUUGUUCGAGUGAGGGUAACUUCCACUUCAUCCCAUGAUAGUGAUGAUGUUUCUAAUAUUGGACCCGUGUCUGUUGUGGUUACUGAGGGCUUGUUGUCUGUGGAGGCCUUGAUAGCCAUUGUUCAAUGUAUUGUGGAUACCUUCAUGCACACUGGACCUCCUCCUCCUGUACAUUUGGCCAAUAUUUGUACUCCCCAGUUUGAAUAUGGUCAGGAUGAUUUGACUGGCCCUCUCCCCUACAAGGCAUUUGAAGAUUCUGAAAGUGAAGAAAGUGAAGGAGAGGAAGCUUGGAAGUGUCGGUUGCAUUGGUUCUGUUCUUGGAAUAGAAACAAACAUAGACAUAAUACAGGGAACACCUUUUCCAGGCUAAUACAGCAAUCCCAGUUAAAAAGUGAAGUACGUCGUCAUUGUGUUUACAUCCACCAGGUACAUAGCUUACAGGAAGAAGAGAGAGUGCAGAAAAUUAGGCUGGGCCAGUGUCUUCUUGAAGCAGCUCGUCACUGCCCAAAUAGAGCAGCUAAUAUGUUGUUGAAAGACCUCAAGCUUUUACCCAAGCCACAUAAAAUUAUGAAAUCUGUUGGUUUAGAUAAAAGGAUUUGCUGCUACCAAGAUGAAGGGACACCUUGUUUGCUACCAGCUUUGCCCUACACCAGGCAUUGUAUCAGUCAUAUAAUGUACAAUGUAGAUCAGCUGCUUUUUGAGCAUUGUACAGGGAAAUGUGAAGAUAAUACACAAUGUUGCAUACCUGUUUUUGAUGUAUUGCAUGAAUUACCGCUUUGUAUAGAACAUGCCAAAAAAAGGGAUAAUUAUAACAAAGUAGCAUUUGAACCCAAACCAAAAAAGCCAAGAAAAAAACCAAAGCCCUCUGCUCUGACAAGGCCCACUAAAAGGAAUAAAAAGAAAAAGAAGCAUCAAAACAUCCGUCCUUUAUCGCCCACAUUAAGUUCUCACCUGAAUGAAAAUGAAUCAAACAGUAGCACUGUUAUAAAGAGUGAACCAGUAUCUGUGGAAGUAGAAUCACCAGGUGAUGUUGGAGAGGUUAAAGAUCUAGGUGGACAGCUUAACUCAGAAUUGGGUAGUGACCUUGAGGAGCAGUUUUCACCAGGAACUAUUGAAAAAACCCUUGAAUUUCCUCUUGAUGCUGCUGAACUAGCACAUCAAGCUAGUAAACUUUUAGAAGAACAUGAUUUUACAGAAGUUUUGAAUAAAAUACCUGAUGAAGCUUUCACUGAGCUUUUUGCUGAAAGCAAGAAUGGAGAAUAUGUUCCUACAAGAGAAGAAACAGAAGAAUUGGAAAGGGCACUGGCAGCAGUGUCUAAAGAUGUACGAAUGGCUAAAGAGUCUCUUGCAAAAUUGUCAGUAACUGGGAGGGAGCUCAGUGUCCUUGCAGCAUCAGAAGAUCUUCGCAGUGGGUUGCUUGAAACAGACAAUUUAGUUGGGCAAGUGAAUGAAAAUUCAUUUCAUGAUCUGACCCAUGCUGGUUUGCAUAACCUCAAUGUCAUCACAAGUAGCUUGUCUAGUGACCUGACAUCUUUGUCUGAGGAUCUUUCAAACGUGGCCCAAGGUCGUCUGUCCCACUCUUCUCCUGUAUCCGAAGGCCACAUAUUACAAAAUCAUCUUCUUAAUGUUCCCAUUUUACCUGCAGAUCUUUCCCAUUCAACAUCUGUCAAUGGAUAUUAUCUUGGACAAAGUCAUGUUCAGGCAGAUGGUUUUGGUCUGCUCUCUAAUGUUUUAGAUAGUGUUUCAGCAUCUUACUCUGGUGUGGAUCCAGGAAUAGCCAGUUCAGUGGAUUGUAGUUUUCCUCAUGGUGCCUCACUUUUUUCAACUACAGCUGUAGGCAUUGGUAACUCCCACACUUCUACGACCAAUACAGUUUUCUCAUCAGUAAAUACUUUUUUAACAACAGGGAUUGGCAGCACUAGCAGUACAGGGGAAGAAAAUGUACCCUCUAUAGACCAUACAUUACCAGAUUGGUUCCUUCCUGGUUCUGAGUCUGUCUCAGCCUUCUCACAUCCAGCCAAUCAAAACGGGUUUUUUAUCAGCUCUACAGCAAAUGGACAGGUUUUACCUAGUGUACAGCAAUUGUUAUCUACUCUUGGGAAGUAUCCUCUUCAGACAUUAAAUACUGAAUUGUCAGUGGUGUCCAGUCCCAGCAACCUGUCUACUCCAACACUCCUCAACGAGAAGGUAACUGAUAGUGAUCACAUUCAGACUGUGUGUGUGGCUGGUACUUCAAACGUUUUACCAGGAAAUACUGGGACAGUCAUUGCACAAGGAGGUGCUUCCUAACAAUAGUUUUGAAUUUUAUUAUGAUUUUGAGAUUGUAAAGUAGUGAGAAUAAUUGUACAGUUAAUGUUGCUUGUAAAGUUAUCUGUAGAUAACAAACUACAAUUUUCUUAAGUUUAAACCUGUUUAGGACGGGUACUUCUAAUGACCAGACCAUGCUCAACUGCUAAAGAGUUUGUUUUAUUAUUAUCAUAAAUUUUAGAUGAAUGGCUUACACUGUGUAGUUAGUUUUAUGGUAAAUGCUUUUGUAAAUCAUUCUACCCCUUGUACAGGUGUUAAAUAAGAGAUUUGUUUUGUUUGAUUGUUUUUUGUACAUCGACUUCUUGUUACACUACUUUUGUAUUAUAUUCAAACAUUAUGGACCAUUAUUUUCAGAGCAUGAAAUACGGUAUUACAAUCUCUCAUUUUGUAAUCCUAUGGAAAUCUUUUUUCAAAAGUAAUUACGAGACCUGAAUAUUUUCAACAGUAGAUUAAAAAAUACAAAAGGUUUUAAAUUUUACAUCCUUUUUUAUCACACUGGUUCAAAAUACAGAUGUGGAUUGUUAUGAAACCAUGUAUUUUCCUAGUGUCAAGCAAUAUGUAAAUGAUAUCUAUUUUGAAGUAAAUGAUAUAUAUAUAUAUAUAUAUAAUAAGGUAAACAAGAAUUAUGAAGCUAUAAAUUUUGUUUAUAAGUUUGUUUUUUGCAAAGGAAAGAAUUGUAGUUGCUAUAGGUCAGUCUAGUAGGAAUGUAGACUCCUAAAAAAAUGGUGAGAUACAAUGUACCAUCCCAUUAUACUACAAUAUUGUUCAUUUAUGGUUGUUAAAAAAUUUUUAUUCUUCUUUUUACUUUUCUGUUGGUUUAUGUACAUUAGUAAUAAAAGAAAGUUUUAAUAAUAAACCUUUAUAGAUUAUUGAUACUUGAAUAAAUCAAAGAUUAAUUUGGAAAAUCUCUAAAUAAUGAAAACUAGUGGACAAAAAUGUUAUCUGAACAUUUUUACACAUACCAGUUUUGGUGUUUACUUUUUUAAAUAUUCAGUAACAAGGAUAAAGAAUUUUUUAAAAAGGAACAUUCCCUUGCUUAUUACAUUACUUAAGGUUUAAAACUACAUGAAAUUUCCUUUCCUUAUAAUGGAGUACUGUUAGUGAGAUAAUUAUUUUCAUUAAAUAUAUUUGUAAAGGUUUUAGAAAAGCAUUACAAGUGUUCAUCCUUAGAUUAUGUCUGCUUAUGUGUAAUCAGAAUCCUAUUUUCAGAUGUGGCUACUGGAGUAAUUUUUUACUUUCCAGUUAUUUAUUAAUUUGAUUAGUUAUUAUGAAUUUUUCAACUUGUAAUAUCCAAAGGCUUUAUCUGGAAAAUAAAGAAUAGAACAUUUUAUCUGUUUAGUUUAACAAGUAAUUAACUAAUUAAUUAUAUUCAGCUUUUAAAUACAGAAAUUAAUAGUGAUUUAUGAUCUUAAGUUUGAGGUUUGCUCAUAACCUAUUGAACAUUUGGAAACUUCAUGGUUUAUAAUAAAAAGUAAAAUUCUUUCAUGGGCAUUCUGUAUAUGACAUUGAAUCAAUUUUUGCUUAAUAUUUGGAAGAGCAAGCAUCUAUUUUCUAACCUUUGAAUAAAUAACAGAAAUAAUUAGCAGAAUUUAUGGGUAUCAAGUAUAUCCUGACAGUAAUGUUAACUAGUGUGUUUUUUGAAAUGUAUAUGGUUUCUUAUAGCAUGCCCCUGUACCACAAAUUUGCUUUAUAUAAUAUAUAUAUAUAUAUAUAGAGAGAGAGAGGGGGGGGGGGAAAUAAUUAGCAGCCAUGAAACAAACAUCCAACACUGGGGCACAACUCAUAAGGUUGCUCAUUAUGUAAUGUGCCCUGGUUUUUUUGAGGUACCAGAAGUAAGAUCCAAAUUGCAUUGGGGGUACACUGUUUAUCCAGUUUAAUCUGAACUUUGCUGGCCUUGCAUGCUUAGACGGAAGUGAAAAAAAAAAGGAGCAGUCAUGAGUGCUCCAUCUCAUAAAAUCCCACAUGUUUAGUACCUUUCAGUGUCUGCAGCCAGAUGUGGGAAGGUGGUUGCUCAAUAAAAAUAAAUAAAUAAAAUAAAAAACAAUAAUUAGAACACAAGACAUCAAUGUAAACAUCUUGGUAUUUAUGUCCAAGCAUCAUAUUGGAGAGUUGGAAUGCUAACUACAUUGAUGUCUUGUAUUCUAGUUAUUUAUUUUGUAUUAUUAUUUUUGUUUUAUUUACUUUUUGUGAGUAACCACCUUCCCACACCUGGCUGCAGACAGCAAAAGGUGGUAAAGAUGUGGGACAUUGUGGACUAGAGCACACACAUCUUUAUUUCCCCUUCCUUCUGAGCAUGUGUGAUUGAUGAAGUUGAGGUUAAACUGAAUACAAAGUGACCCCCCCCCCCCAAUGCAGUUUGGGUCUUACUUCUGCCCAUACCUCAAAAACCCAAGGCACAUAGCAUAAUAACCCACCUUAUGAUUUGUGCUCCAGUGUUGUAUGUUUAUUUUGUGGUUGCAUCUUUUUUUUCUCUCUCUCUCCAUAAAAUUACAUUUAAUUAUAUUUCAUCUAAGGCUUAGAUGUGCUGUGUAAAAUUCAUGCUAUCCUUCCUUUUGAUGUAAUCUGUUUUAUAAAUUUUUUUGUAGUUUCCUGAAUAUGUAUGUAGAUAUAUUUAUUAUAUAUAUAUCUGUGGAAAUGAUUAUUGUUCUUUUUAAAGUCAAAGUGUAACUGAGAUUGAAAACAUGAACUUGUGGUAAUAAAACAGAUAUUACUUUUAAACCCAUCUGAAUUAAUAUAGGAAAACUGUCAAGAUCAUUAACUAAAUAUCAUUAUCAGAGUUAGUAUUUAAGUAGUAUCUCUUUGGAAUACAUAGACAAAAUUGAAUUUAUUGACACCAAUUUCAGAUCAAUGAGGUUAACAUUUUGUCCAGAGGGUGCUGUUGUGUACUCAAAUACAAGAAAAAAAAUUUUCAUAUGCAAAUAAGAUGAUUAUAAAAAGUAAUUUUAGCAUGUUUGACAUUAACUAUAAGAAAUUAAUGUAGAUUAUGAUUCUGUUUUAAUAUUUUGAAUUUUGAGGUAUUAUUUCUGAAAACAAAACAUAAAAAAAAUGAAUCUACUAUUGAAAAAAAAUAAAAGUAAUUUUCUCAUCAGUUAGGGGUAGUUCACAAUUAUUAACAUUUUCAUAAGCAUACAAAACAUAUGCUGGGGGUAGGGUGUUAAGAGCCACCGUAAAGUUUUGAAAAUUAAAAAAAUGUUGAUUUAAAUUUUUGCACAAAUUUCUCUCCCGGUGGUGCUUGCUUAAUUCCCACACUACCACUAUACACACAGCCCCCUUUCUGAUAACGUUGGCAAGUAACAGCAUGAAUAGUGAAGAUCAUGGAUUGUGCAUAGUCUUAUAAUAAUAAAAAGGUAGUGAAACAUCAACAUUUUCUUUGUACACUUUUAGGGGGGAGUCUGCAAAAAAGUGUACCAUUUGUUGAUAAUUGUGAACGACUCUUUACUAUUAUGCAAUUAUCCUAUUUGCACAUACGAAAACCUUUUAUAUACACAACAGCUUCUAUUUUGGAUACAAUAUAAACAUCCAUCACAUUGACCUGAAAUGAAUGUAAAAGAAAAAUUCAUUUUUGCUAAUUAUUUAAAUGAUACAUUACUUAUGUUGUAACCUUGGUAGUGACUUUUGACCACUGUUCUUGCCAGUCUUUCUUUGGAAAGUUAACUGAUGUUAUUGGAAAAUAGAAAUCAAUACAAGAAUUGUGCAACAUUUUUCGAGCUGUAUUCGUGUAAUGUCGUAAGUUAGCUUGAAUUUUACUUAGGAUUUCUUUAGUUUUUCUUUAACAGUUCAUUGAGACUAAUCUCAAAAAAGCUUAUUAGGCAUUAAAGAUAAAACUAAAAAAAAAGUCCCAAGAGAAAUUAUGCAAAUAUAUUUUUCAAUUAAUCCUCCUACAACUUUUUGAUUAUUUUGCUAUCAAAAUUCUUAGUUCAAAAAAUUGGGGAGUUUUAGAAGUACAUGCUGACAUUUCUUGAUCAGUUGAUAAAUCCAAUAAAAUGAAGAGAUGUUUCUUUCGUCAUACAUACAGGUAUCACUCUGCCUGUCAGUAUUAUGUCAUAUUUGAACAUAUCAAUAGACAAUAUUCAUUAUGAUGAAUAAAUUAAAUUAUUAGCUUUGGAAAAAGGAAGUGCCCUUUAAUAGCAUCAGUACUAUAUUUUUCCAGUUCACACCACACCGCUAGUUUUAUUGAUAACUUAAUUAUUUCCAUCUGUAGUUUUAGUGGUUUAAGAAAAUAGUUUUCAAUCAUACCAAAUAAGUUAUUUUAUUCUAUAGGGAAACAGUAAUUUUUUCAGAUAUUACUCGUGCUUUUAACUUAAGAUUUUUAAUAAUAAAUAUAAUAGUAAAGAAAAUAUAGUUUGUCAUCCUGCCUACAGCUGAUUUCUAAAACAUUAUUUCUGCACACUCUUGUGCCUAUAGUUUCUUGUUAAUAAAAAUAAUGUCUAUUUUUAUCCCUGUACUUGAUGUUCUGGUGUGAUAGCAGUUUUGACUGAAUGUUUUGAAAUGUCAGUAGGUGCAUCAUGUUUAAAAUUAUUCUAAACAAGUUAGAUCAUUGGAUUGUUGUUGUACAGUUACAUAUUUUUUUUUAAUUGAUGUUCACAAGGUAUCUAUAUUCAUAAACUUCAGAUAUGUGACUAAAAUGCAUUUUCUUUCAUCUUUAGAAAUACUGAACAUGAAAGUUUGAAAUUCUUUAUUAUCGUGCUAUUUAUUUCGUGUCAGUGAAGUGAUUUUAUCAACAUAUUUCAUGAACAAGUUUUUCAUAUGAAAGUAAUAUAAAACUAUGUAAAGCAAAUAUGUAUAUACUAAGCAAAUGUUUUGAAAGAAACAUUUGAAACUUGGAUUUUAGCAUAAUGUUUCUAGAUUUUCAUGUUUAUCCUCUAAAAAUAAAAUUAUAUAGAUAUGUGUAUAUGUACAGUAUAUUGUAUACCCAUUCAUGUAGUAGGUACCUAUUAAAAUGUUACCUGUAACGUAUAAGAAAGAGCCAUCUAUAGAAGACUAUUAAAAAAAAAGAAAAAUAUCUCUAGCAUUUUAAUUAUAAGUGAUCUGUGAAUUUUUUUUACAAAAUGGUUUAGUUGUCACAUACAUUUAUUAUUCCCUCUUUUAUAAUAAUAGAAUUUCUAAUCUUUGUUGUGACUUUAAGCUCAUGCUGAAGUUGGAAACAUUGAACAUUUUUGCUACUACUGUUAAAGGAAAAUGGUGAGAGUCAGUGAUUUGCUAAGACACCUUAAACAUUUACAGUAGUCUCAGAUAUAUAAGAAGGACUGGACUAGGAAUUUGUUUUUUCUAAAUAUGUGUUACAAACAUACAAGGAAAGAGGCAAAGCAGUUUAAAAAUUUAGCCACAUAGUUAAUGAACUUUUUUUCAAGACAUUAUUUGUAUUUCUAGAAUAUGUGUGUUAUCAACACACACAAGAAUCUCAGGUUUCAUCAAAAAUGUUAAGUUUUUUUUAUUUACAAUAAACCAUAAGAUUGAAUUUUUGUUCUUUUAUUUUACAAGGUGCAGACAUUUCCAUUUUCUUUUGAAAUGGUUUUGAACAUACAUUAUUUGAUGGUAUGACUACGAUUGUCCAAUUAAAUAUCAUACUUAUGUCUCACUACCUACAGGUCAUGAAUUUGAAAAUAAAUAAAGAUUGAGUUGUUUAGUAAACAAGGAACUACUCUUGUUUUCUUUACCUUUCUGUGUAUUUAUAAGUGCUUUUGUUAUUGUUUUUAACUAGAUUCGGAUGUGAAAAGAACUUGUGUGUUGGCUAAAUCUUUUAUUAAAAUUUAUUUUAUAGUAAUGGUUAAAGAUUUUGUAUUUUAAAUACACAAUAAGAAAACUUUGACUUGUAAAAUACAAACUAAUCCAACUUGAGUGAAAAGUCAGUCAUUUUUUCAAAUAAUUAAGUGUCUACUGUGAUUUUUGGGAGAUUUUUUAGCUUCAUAUAGGAUAAUCUCGAGUUCUUCCACUGUACAACAUGUAUGUAUUAGUACAGUAAACUAUGUAAUACUGAAAAAAGCACAGGAAAUAGUUGAAGGAUUUGAGGGAUGUUAUUGUAUUAUUUUGGACUGGAUGUAAUCUUACUAGCUACACAUGUUAUAUAAUGGUUUUGAAAAGUGUUGUAAAGUAAUGUAGACAGAUUUUGAAUAAGCAUUUUUUUCUGUCUGAUUUUGCACUCCUGAUUUAAAAAGUUCUUAAAGGUCAAAUAGUAUCUGAAAGUCGAGGAGGUGCAUGUAAACUUAAAUUGUAAAAUGUUUUUUGAACAAAUAUUUGCUGAAUUUUUAGGAAAGAAGUAUAUCCUCAACUGUAAAAUGUAACAUAAAAUAACAGUAUGUACUUUUAAACCAUGAUUUGUAUGGAACUUUUUAAAGAUGUAAUACAUGUACUUUAAGCAUGAAUUGUGAAAAAUUGUCAGCAUCCAGUUUUGUGGUUUUGUUUGGUAGAAAUGUCCAAGUAUUGGAGUAAAGUAUUGGCUAUGUAUAUUAAUCGUAUAUAUAUAUAUAUAUAUAUAUAUGUUCUAAAUAGGGAUCGUGUUUAGUAUGGAUCAGAAAGAGAGAUUUAAAUUAGUGUCAAGUAAAAUAAUCAGUUAAUGGUGCUUUUUAUUUCAAUUUUUACUAGAACAACUCUAAAUUAUCUAAAAAUAAUUGUUGGUGAAUAUUUUUUUUUAUCUAUUGUCUUGUAGAGCAGAAUGUAACUCGUAUUUUGUCACAGUAAUACUGUCUACAAGUGAACUCCACCUACUAGGACAGCUCACUUGGUGAGAACCAAAUGGAUUUAUGUUCUGUGUGAUUAGCUUGGAGUUUUCAAGUGUAUAGUAUAUGAGGAUAAACAGCACAGUUAUGAAGUCUUUCUUGUUCAUCUCUUAUGUCAUGUAACUGGCUAAGCCUCAUCAAUAAAUAUAUUUUCAUAGUACAUUUA